AUGUUCCAUGUUUCUUUUAGGUAUAUCUUUGGAAUUCCUCCAUUGAUCCUUGUUCUGUUGCCGGUAGCAUCAUCUGAUUGUGAUAUUGAAGGUCAAGAUGGCAAAGAAUAUGAGAACGUCCUAAUGAUCAGCAUCGAUGAGUUAUUGGACAGCAUGAAAGAAAUUGGUAGCAAUUGCCUGAAUAAUGAAUCUAACUUUUUUAAAAAACAUUUAUGUGAUGAUAAUAAGGAAGGUACGUUUCUAUAUCGUGCUGCUCGCAAAUUGAAGCAAUUUCGUAAAAUGAAUAACAGUGACGAUUUUGAUCACCACUUAUCAAUGGUUUCACAAGGCACAUUAAAACUGUUGAACUGCACCAGCAAGGAAGAAAAUAAAUCUUUAAAGGAACAGAAAAAACAGAAUGGCUUGUGUUUCCUAAAGAGACUAAUACAAAACAUAAAAACUUGUUGGAAUAAAAUUUUGAGGGGCACUAAGGAACAUUGA